AUGGCAAGGAAAAUGGAAUUUCUUAACAUGCAAAAGAAUCGAUUGGAGCAAUCCAAGAGAGAACGAGACCGAGCUCGUGAAGAAAGGCAGAACAUGAAGGAGAAAGAGGAGUAUCUAAAGAGACUGGAAGAAGAGAGAAAGGCAUUGGAGGAACGCGAAAGGAUGGCCAGAAUCAGUGCAAGAAGGGAGGCGAACAUACACUCUUUAGAGUUCAGACGAGAUUGCCAGGCUCAUGAGAAGAAUGCUGCCUUUGAAAGAAAGAAACAGAGAGAGUUCUUGGUUGGACAACGAAGAUCGAUGCAUCACGAAAACCAAAAAGAGAAAAUUAUUGCGAGUGUCGAACACGGCACAAAGGAUGGGCAAGCUGCACAACUGAAGGGCAUGCGCGAGCGCAUUCGUAAAGCAUUCGUUUAUCUGGACGUGGACAAAAACGCACUAGUGGAUGCGAAAGACUAUCAUCUGAAAGUCACUUCACUCGGACUUAAGCAGGAGUUUGACGUCUCAGAAACACAUUUCGAUCAGCUCAUGCUACACUUCAAACCUAUCAUUCAACUCUGCACCAAGAAGAGCAAAUUCUUGGGCGUCAUGUACAUGCACCAGCUACGCCCGGAGGUCGUUCCUGUGGUCCUCACGGAGGAAGGGACCAUGACCCAGCAGGACCUCGACGCCAUGCCGGACUCCUCGUCUCAGGCUGUAGGCAAGUGGGCUGUGGCUGCAACAUGCCGUGAGAGGACGAUAGGUUGGAUCGCUUUCCGCAACAUCUGCAUCGAGUACCUCACCAGCGUGGGAGGCACUCAGGAUCAGCCUCCUCAGUUCAUGGCUGUCGUGGAGUUUAUAAUGUUCGACGUCGGGGUGAGCUAUGGGAUGCCUUCUGAUUAUGUGUUUUCCAAGAUCUUCGGUAACAGUUUCGAUCCAGACAGCAAGGUUUCCUUCCUCUUCUACUGGAAUGCUCUUAUGAUGAUGGCAACAUACUGCACAUCAAAGAGAGGAAUAAAAUGA